CAAGAAGGUCUGGUUAUGGCGGGGUAAUCACUCUCUCUCUCUUCUUCUUCUUCCUACUACUAAACCUAGAUAGCUAUUAAACGUUGAAUUUCUCAUGUUAUGACCGAUCCAAUUCCAGAAUCAUUCAAUCAAUCAAUAUCAAGUUCAAACGGCGUCAUCAAGUCUUCACUGGAUUCGUGUUAUGAUGAAAUAUAUGAUUUCCUGUUUCAGCCUAAAGAUUUACACGAUGGUAUACUUAAUAAUAUCAAUCAGGAUUUGGUUGAUCCAUUUGAGGAGAACAUAUCUGAUUCAGGAAUCUCGUUUGCUGAAUAUUCUUCUGUCGAAUCUGUUGGACUUGGACAAGCCCUUUCCAUCAAGAACGAGGGAAGGAAGGAGAUAACUGAUAAUGAAUUGGAAAUGGGAUUUGAGAUGUAUGAGUUUGAUUUCUUCAUAGAAGAUGGUCACUACCUUGAACUGAACGAUCUGUUAAGCCCUUUAUCAUCAUCAUCAUCAUCGCCUGCUCCAAGUUCAGACAGUACAAGCUCUCUGUGUAUGAACUCUGACUAUUACUUUGAUUCAUUGGGUUAGAUUUGGAUGAUGUUUCUGUCAUAACAAC